AUGACUGUGGUACCAUCAAAUGAAUACUUAUAUACGGUUAACGAUGGUGGGAGGAAUUACACAGUCUGCCUGUUAGAGAGAAAAUGUGUUUGUGGGAGGUUCCAAAUUGAUGAAUUGCCAUGCCCACAUGCUUGGGCUGUAUUGAAGAGCAAGUUUCUAAUGCCAGAAGAAUAUUGCUCUAACUAUUACAAACCAAGUACAAUUGUAAUGACAUACGAUGUGCCAGUGUACCCGCUACCGGACAAAAAUGACUGGAAUAUACCAGAACAUGUAGCAGAGGAGGUUGUACUACCACCCAAAUGGAAAAGACCUCCUGGAAGGCCAAAGAAGAAGCGCGAUAAAACUUUAAGUGAAUUGCUGCAGCCGAAAAACCAACAUUCAUGUAGCAUAUGUGGGCAGGGAGGACAUAACAAGCGAACGUGUAGAAAUGCUCCACGUAAUAAAUAG